UACAUAAAGGCCCCCAAGUUGACCUUCGAACUUUGUUGGUUGAAAAACUUGAAUAGAAAAAGGUCUUUUGGUGUUGAAACAGGAGUAUCACACUCUAUAUUGUUCUAGGGUGUGAAGUGAUUGUAGGUUUCUGUGCAACCAUUAUCUUCGCGCUAAAAGAAGUGUUAUCGCAGGUUACUUGGUUUUAACUAAUCAAACACUUCUUCAGUAGUUUGGUUUGAUCCAAGGCAUAUUACAAAUGGCUCUAGCAAGCACAUUACCAGGCUCAGUCGCCCAGGUUCUAGCCGAGCGAGAUGCAUGCUUUGAGUCUUUCGUUAACGCUUUGAAGUUGAUCAUAACAUGCAAAGAUUUUGACAAGAAGGUUUUCAAGAAAAGGCCGCUGGAUCUCUCCGAGGCCUAUGUUUUGGUUUGGCACAACACAAGCAAUAGCACGAUUGAUGGCAAAUCCAAUAUGAAUCUAAGGGUAGGGGCUUCUGCAGCAGUGCUUCUUGACUUGAUGGUGCGAGAAAAGAUCGAGAUUGCUGACGAUGAUACACAUCUAGGCUGCGACCACCAUUGUGAUUUAGCCAUAAAAGUGCUCAAUGUGAAAUCAACAAAGUCAUACUUGGAUUAUGCAGGUUUCAAACAAAUCGUCAAUUACCAUGAAAAAAACCGCGGCAAGAGAUACCUCGUAAAAGAAUGGUUUGAAGACCAAGAGAACCAGUAUACUGUCAAAAUCAUACUGAGAAAUCUUGUCGAGAGGAAAAUUCUAGGAGACGUGCAGACGGGAAUGUGUGGCAUCAUGCAUAAAUACCCAACGAAAGAUGCAAGCUUUGAAACUGCUUUGGAUACAGAAAUGAAGCAGGUUUCAUUGAAAGAAUGCAAGCCCGACAGCUUUAUGUUGUCUUUGUUGACUCUGUCAAGAACAGCCGAUCAUCUAUUCACUUUUAUUGAUCCAAUUUUGCGAAAGCACUUCACGAAAGACGAAUACAAAGUGGCUAAGGAAAACAUCAAAGUGAUCGUGCAAUCCCAGGGAGAAGUCUUACGAAGUCCGAAACUCGAUCGCAAAAAGAAAAAGAAUUUUCUAAUGUCCAGCUAAACAACUAAACUGUGUUUGAAGAACAUGUAAUUUUAUUUUAAGUAAGAAUAAAUAGGGGUUUUUCAUUUGAGUAGGAAAAGCUUGCCAAAAAGUUGUCACAAGUUUAUAUAAGGAGACCAUAUUUAUAUUGAUGCUCUA